AUGAUUACGGCCAGCUCACCCUGCAGCGCCUCCUGUGGUCUGGGUCUGAGAACACAGACUCUGUGUUUGUUGAAGAACAGCACAGCAGCUUUGGAUGAAAACACCCACGGGAAAGGCCCAGAGGUGACCAUAAGAUGCCGGCCGCGCGUUGUGACCUGCAUGGACUCAUGGCAGUGUGGGCUCCAGACCCUCACUGUGACUGAGGGACAGAAGCUCCGUCUGAACUGUAUGGAGGAGGUCAUGAGGGAGGUGGGCCGCUACUCCUGGAGGGUGUCAUGGCGAUACUCUCCUGGGAUCAUCACCUCCAACAACGCGCUGUUUAUUCGCUGGAAGGCUCUGAAGCUGGACCACAUUCUCUUUGACCCUGUUAAAGAGAGGGAUGCCGGGACGUACCGCUGUGACGUUCAGGACAGUAGCUCUCGCAGAGUCAAGAGGAUUUACUGGGGAGUGCGAGUGGUGCCCCGGUGUUUCCUGAGCCAGGAUGUGACCACAUGUGGGCAAGGAAAGGAUCAACAUAAACGUGAUGACCUGCUAUGGCUUCCUGUAGAGUCCAAACUACAGCCCGAGUCUGGCCUGGACCAUUCGGACCAGCAGAGCCCAAGGACUGACCUCACUCUGGACCUGGACCAUCCUCCUCCUGCUUACAUAGACUGCCAUCUUGGCCUGACCAAUGAGGAAGCUGAGCAGCUGCCCCCUCUUCCUGCUGCGGCUGGAGUACUUCACUUCAUAAACUUGAUCAAUUCUUCAUGUUAUUUAGUGCUUUGGAUGGAUUUAUCGACUCUUGUGGUGAGUUAG